UGGGCCCCCUACCACCCCCUCAUGCUGCUGCCAGGGCCGUAAAAUGUCAUGGGCCCCUUACCGCCUCCUCUGCUGCUGCCAGGCCCGUAAUCUGUCAUGUGCCCCCGUUCGAUCCUCAUUGCUGCUGCCAGGCCCCGUUAAUCUGUCAUGGGCCCCUGUAUACCCGCCUAGCCCUCAAUGCUUGCUGCCAGGUCCAGAGUGUCCUCAUUGGUCCCUGUACUGCCUCCCAUUGCUGCUGGUCUCACCAUUCGGCCACACUCUGCCAUGUGCCACCUUCUUCAGGUCUCCUCACCACUGCUGGUGGGUUCCAUUUGGUCAUAGGGUGCGUGGCAGAUUACGGGCCCUCUCACAGUCUGCUGGCUGCCAGGCUCCGUAAUCUGUCAUGGGCCCCCGUACCGACUCCUCAAUGCUGCUGCCAGGUCCAAGCGUCCAAAGAUGUCAUGUGGCCCCUUUACGGACACUCUCAUGCUGCGCAAAAGUCCACGCAUCAUGGGCUGUUUACGUCCUCCAAUCGCAGCACUAUUUACUCCGUCCGACCCAUGCACUGUGCCAACUUUCAGGUCUCCUCACACUGCUGGUGGGUUCCAUUUUGUCAUAGGGCGGUGCUGGCAGAUUACGGGCCUCCCAUUGCUGCUGCCAGGGCCCGUAA